UAGCGUGUGGGAAUAGACAUGUCCCCCUCGAAAGUUGAUCCACGCCCCUCAGAGUCAGACCAGCCCUCGGCAGUAGAGAUGGCGGAGAGCGAGGAACAUCCUGACCACGGCGCCCACCACGUCCACUUCGGCCGGACGGAUCGGACGGAGUUCAGCGUGACGACAGCCGCGUCACAGGGAGCUGCGCCUGCUCAGCACGAGCAACACAGUAACAGCAGCAACAGCGGCGCCAGCAACGUGAAUAGCAGCAGCAGCAGCGCUUUCCGGGCGCCGCGGAGUAUCCUCAGGAAGGAAGAACACAACUUUGACCACGACUCUGGGUGCGACUUGGAUAUACCGUUGCCGGAUCAUCUCGCACAAAGGCGCCGGUCAGCCCGCCUGUCCCCGACACACCCGCACUACGGACACGGACCCAGGCGCCACACGGGCACACCGUCCUCCUCCCGGGGUUCUCUGUGUGAUGACGAGUACUUCGCACAUCUCAGUCAGGGCAGGCGGAAGUCGGCCGGGCACCGACGCGAGAGUGGCACUAGUUCGGCCACCGGCAGCUUCGUCAGCCUUCGAUCGGACUAUGAGUGGUACUUGGAACUGACAGACACGCAGAUGACAGCAGCGAAGGAGAUCCUACAUCUGCUGGUUACAGUCCCUCCAGCCAACCUGGACGCCGACCAGCUGUACAACACACUGAAGCCCCUGGACGCAGGUGUGACCAGGCAGGAGGUUUACCAGGUACUGCACAUCCUCAGUAAAGACGCCGACCGGGUGGAAUUCGAGGAGUUUCUCUACGCACUGGCUUACAUCGAGAAGGAAGCAGAAAAGACCGACCAGGAGCCCACACCAAAGACUGUCUACACACAUCGCCAGAGAGUGCUGUACACCGCCAUCGCCGUCCUGUCUAUGAAGGAGUCUGCGAGGUCAUUUGGCGACAUCGAACGGUACUACAGCAUGAAGCGCCGCUUGGCGCCAGAGGUUCUGUCUCACUACACGGCGGGUGCCCGGCUGAUCGGCCUGACAGAGCGACAGCUUUCACGUCACAUUUCCCGCCUUCAUGCGGCCUUCAAGCUCACGGACGAAGAGAGAGAAUCGCCGUACGCUAAGCCACUGCCGUUUGUAGCAUCAACGCCGCCAAAGAAGCUUCAGCCCAAGAUGGCCUGGGGAGCGAAGACGGAAGGUGAGCGAGUCGGUAAGGCAGGUCCAGCCGCCACUAUCGAUGGGACGUCUCCAGCGAGCAGCCGUCCGAAAUCUGCACCUGCCAACACUACCCGGCAGAGGGCGCAUGUGUCUAAAGGCCGGGCAGCAUCAGCCAAGUCGCCGCGCAAACCGCACGUGUCCUACCGCCUCCAUCGGGCCGACGUGCCGCUGCCGGCCAUGCCGUCCUCGGAGAUCCGCACAUUCGACGAUCUAGACGACAUGCGGAAAAAGGUGUCCACUGAGAUUGAGCGGUACUACCAGGGUCUGCGCAAGUUCGCUGUGAACCAAGCUAAAAACUUCAGCGAGAAGCUUGUGUUUGAAGACAUCCCGGACCAGCUACAGGACAAUUAUCAGCAGGUUACCAAGGCCUACCUGCCUCAGCGGGAGAACCAAGUCUUCGUCAUCGCGCCGUGGAUCAACACCCGCAACAGCCUCUUCAUCAGGUACAGAGGACCGUCCAGGCCCCGCAGCGCCUUCACGUAAAGGCACUCCCACACACUCUCUAUGGGGUACGGAGAUAGACAAUUCUACGGUUAAGUUUAAGAUAACUUGGAAGCAAAUGUUAUGAAGCAUGUGUCAGUGCGUGAUUUAAAUUUUUGCCGUUUUUUCCAAAACUCUUCUCAUUCGCACGUACCAUACUGAUAGCUGUACUGCACGAUAGGUUGCAGAUAAAGCGCCGGUAGAGCCUGGACGUCAGGAAACGCUCGUUAUUGUCAUGAGUUAUCGUCAUGUAGACAAUAACUAUUUGUCAUUCUUACGACUUGGGAUACGUUACACGUCUCUUCUUCUGUCAACAGACAAUCCAGGAAGGAUAGUGGUCAGAAAUCAUGUUUGUACGUUGAACGUUUGUUGAAUUCACCCGAGAGCUGCAAACUUGACGAUGUCAUGUCGUAAUGAUGACAGACAUGCUGCACUCGCCGUAAACACGCUGUUACAUAUUGCAGUUGGCAGGAGGCAUUUUCCUUAAGUGGACAUACCUGAUGAUAACUGGAUAACAGAAGAAGUCUGUUUUAAUAAAUCCUGCUGAUGAGCUUGAAAUCUCCUCGUGCCCUCUUCUGGCGAUGAUUUGAGUUUCCAACUCAUUGGCAUGCAACCGCUACUACGGGAUUACACGUUUUCGCUACAUGUUUAUUAAUUGAGUGCUCAGGGGAAAAUAAGGAGGUGUCCUAAACUAGUAAGUAUAUCCUACAGGUGGUCAUUAAAAUUCACAGGUUUCUGGUUGACAGUGUUUUCCAGGGCUGUAGUAGGCAGGAUUAUGUUUUUCAGGCUUUUGUAACGGAGACUGGAAUAAAUGGAGCAAAGCAUGUGCGUGUGUUUCAAGCCGGAUGGAAUUAGACCUGAUUGUGAGAACGCAUAAUUCAUAACUAAUAUGUAUUUGCGAAAACAGACUUAAAGGGUGUCCUUUAGGACACUUAUAAUGUAAUCGCGUGUUCGCCAGCUGAGUUAAAAGACGCCAAGCUGUCAUGGGGACAUAGGGAAAACAAAUUGACCAAAACAGAUUACCUGGUCCUGGUAGAUCAGGCAUCAGCGGUGUUUUCGUAUUGAUAUGAGCAUGUAUGUGUUGAAUAUAAACUCACGUGUACAUGACUCCAGUAUAUUGUUAUUUCUGUACGACCCUUUAC